AUGGCUGUCAUAAUACCGUCUGUUUUGGUAUCAAUGAAGGACUCGAAAGAGAUCUCUCCAUGCGCCAGCGAACCUUGUCUCAACAAUGGAAUCUGCUCGAGCGAUGAUAGAGGUUAUUCAUGCCUGUGUCCUGAAUCUUUUACUGGAAAAAACUGUCAAAAUUCGAUAACAACAACGACCACAACUACUACUUCAGCGAUUGCUACUUGCAAUACUUCAACUACAAAAUGGAAACGAGCACGCUACCCAGGAGAUCUGCCCUGGGCGUAUACAAGAAGUAGCGCCCACGGCGACCAGGGCGAGUCUGGCGAUCUCGUUGUCGCUCCGUGGCAAGUUGAUGCCCUUGUCAAGCUCGGUUACGAUGCUGACAAGCUGAAUAUUUACCAGAACGCACCAAGCAGACAUAGAGUUGUCAGAGGCUGCUGCUCCUCUCUUUAUGUAAACUGGAAUGGCGUCGGAUCUUGCGUCGCCUGUGGGACAUACAACGGCAAGGAUUUUUAUCAAUGCCCAGGUGACCACGAAUGGCUCGGAGGGAUCCGAUGGGAGACGGAGAAAGGAUGGACUGUCUGCGACUUCCCUGGGUGGGGUGGAUGCGAUGCUCCGUGGGCCUGGACAGGGGCCGAAUCAGACAACGUCUGCUUUGGCGACAACGGAGAAUUAUCCGCUAGCUACGUUUUCCCGUUCGGAGAUCAUCCAGAAAUAAGCUUCAGCUGCGAACCUGGAACCGAACCCCGAACAGGAGAACAUUUUCCAUGCGCUCAUCAUGAUUGCGCUGACAACGAACGAUGCGUCAACACUGCUGAUAGAUCUGGGUUUACCUGUGAGUGCAGAGACCCCGUCAAAAGCCCUUGUUGUGCUGAUAAAGAUAAUGACUGCGCAUCAUUGGCUGCGAGCGGCAAUUGCUCGAAAAAUCCAAUGUACAUGCGAGAAAUGUGCAAAGAAUCUUGUGGGCUUUGUCCUACUGCUACCACUACGACUACAACUACUACCAGUAACACUGACGCCUAG